AUGGCGGAGCUGUGGCGAACAGUAAAUGAUUUUGUUUGGGCGAAAUCGUUUUGGUUGCCCCGAAACGUGACUUGGGACGAUUUGAAAAAUAUAGGCGAUGGCAUUUACCAUCCACAGUUCAGUGAUCUACUAGUUCCAGUUUAUUUAUCGGUUGUAGUCUACUUUGUGCGUUAUUUUUUUGAAAGGUAUAUAUUUGGACCAGUAGGACAUUUACUUUGUUUGAAAGAUACUGUAAAAAAAGCAAUACCAAAUCCUGUUCUUGAAAAUGCAUUUAAACAGAAAAGAUUACCUUCAAGAGAAACCAUUCAGGAUCUUGAAAAGCAAACAGAUAUGACAGCAAGACAGAUUGAACGAUGGUUUAGAAUCAGGCGAAAUCAGGGCCGUACACCUGUAUUUAAGAAAUUUGUGGAGUCUUGCUGGAAAGGCCUUUUCUAUUUCAUCAUUUUUUGGUAUGGAGUUUACAUACACAUAGACAAACCAUGGUUGUAUGAAACAAUUUAUGCUUGGAAGGGCUGGCCUCAUCAUCAUGUGUCAGAUGAUAUUUACUGGUACUACAUGCUGGAGGGUGCCUUUUACAUUAGCUUGCUCUUUUCACUCUUCUCUGACCACAAACGAAAGGAUUUCGUAGAGAUGAUAAUCCAUCACCUGGCCACGUUGCUGCUGAUGGGAAUGUCCUGGGUAAACAACUUUGUCCGAAUUGGAACCCUAGUGCUCUUGGUGCAUGAUGCUGUAGAUUCCUGGCUAGAGACUGCCAAAGUUGCCAAAUACAUUGGCUGCCACAAGAUCUGCGAAAAGCUAUUUUUCAUUUUUAUGGUGAUGUGGGUUGUAACCAGAUUAAUAAUUUUCCCCUUUAA